GAGGUGAUGAGAUCGCGUCAGCCCACUGUCAGUAUCUGCGCGCAACGCAAACCGGCGUGCCUGCUCAUCUCGCUUCUCAUCUAGCAAACUUCAGCAGGCGUUGUGGUCUUCAUUACUGAAGAAAUGCCACCUCAAAUGGAAUACAGUUACGAAGAGACAAGGAUCCCAUCCGUGUGUAUUAGUCACGAAAAAGCUCACGAACCGGCUAUCAGCUGCAUGUUGGUUGGUGAUGGUGCCGUGGGAAAGACUAGCAUGAUUGUGAGCUACACCACCAACGGAUAUCCCACGGAAUAUCAACAGACGGCUUUUGACGUGUUCACUGGUAUGGUUCAAGUUGAUGGAACACCUGUACGCAUCCAGUUGAUGGACACUGCAGGACAGGAGGAGUUUGACGGCUUUCGCUCCCUUUGCUACGCUCACACAGACGUGUUCAUCGUCUGCUUCAGCGUCGUUGACCCCACGUCCUUCCAGAACAUCACCAAGAAGUGGAUCCCUGAAAUCCGGGCCUACAACCCGGCUUCCCCCAUCAUCUUGGUAGGGACUCAGUCAGACCUCCGGCACGACGUCAACAUCCUCAUCAACCUGGACCGCUUCAAGGUGAAGCCGGUGCUGAACUCCCGGGGCCGUGAGCUGGCAGAGAAGAUCAGGGCCCAGGACUAUGUGGAGUGCUCCGCGCUGACGCAGAAGAACCUGAAGGAAGUGUUUGACACGGCCAUCUUCGCCGCUAUCAAACACAAGGCACGGAAGGCCAAGAAGCUGAAGUUUUCAGACCGUGCAAGGACCUUCUCCAAGUGCGGGUGGAAGAAGUUCUUCUGCUUUGUCUGAAAUGACUGGUGCACAGCCAAAAACACUUAAUUUGUUAAUUUAUUCAGACUUGAACAUUUCAGUCUUGGUGACAGGCGUGCUGGCCCUUGGGAAUCAGGUCUUGGCGGAGGACAUGGUUAAUGCAGUUUCUUUGCUGGAUGGAUGCAGGGAUUCAGGGGAUCCCUGCAUAGAAGGGGCCAAGUGCAUAUUUGCACAGAUUGACUGUGAUGGCCCUUAUUUGUGAAGCGGAUUCUGAACUGAGGAUUGACAAUCUGCAAGUGGUGAAAAAGAGCUCCUGGUAACACAGGGUGUUGUCUGGUACAUCAAAAGUGGGAACGAACAACGGCUUCAUGUUUGAAGCCAGUUUAGAACUCAAAACCGUGAAAUGCCAGUCACACAGGGAACACAGAUUUCAAACUUGAGAAUUUUCUUAGUUUGCUACUAAGUAGCCAAAAGCAUUUUGCCAAUCUAAAAGCAAGAUCCUUUGAUAGCGCAGUGUAAUUAUGUGCCACUCAUUUGAAACUUAUCCACUCUCCGAGGUUGUUAGAGAAGAAGCAGUCAGGGUUGAACACAUCCUUUUCACACCAUGUGGCCAGGCACAGACUUUCUUAGGCAAGAGUUCAAGUUAAAGGCACUAGAUUAUGAUAGGUGUCGUUUUUGGUGCAGGUGUGAAUGACAGCCCUGUGGGAUCUCAGCUGCUCAGGCAUUCAUAGGCAUUGUAUUCAUGAUCAGAGCCUGUCUGCCAGCCUUAAGUGUACUUAUUUGCAAUGCGUAUUUCUGCUGUUCCAGGGAAAGGUUCCCAGGACAGCUGUUUGUUUCAUCCCCGUUUGCCAUAACAUACAGUUGUAGGUGUUUUUCAAUGACCAAAGGAUCUGCAGUGGGCACUCUUUUUAGCUUAGCCUAUAUCUUGGGUAAAGCACCUUAUCAAUAGGUAAUGUAAAGCACCAGUUAUGUACCAUGCAAGUCCAAUCCAUUUACAGCCAUUUAAUUUUUUAUAUUGAUUACACCCUUAAUUUUGAUUUGAGUCAAGUCUACCAGGAAUUCUGUGCACACCUUAUG